AUGGGUGACAGCGAUGAUGAGUAUGACCGUAGGCGAAGGGACAAGUUCCGAAGAGAACGAAGUGAUCACGAUCUUUCAAGGGAGAGAGAUGAGAGACUGAGGUGGGAUGACUGGAAUGAUCGAGAGAGGGACCGUGGACGAGAUCGGAGGAGCAGGGGGGAGUAUCGUGACUAUGACAGAAAUCGGCGUGAGAGCUUUUCUUCACCACGUCAUGAACUGGGUCCUCUCCCAAAACGAAUGAGGCGAGACUGGGACGAGCACAACUCUGCCCCGUACCACAGAGGCUAUGAGAGGCUUUAUGCUGGAGGAAGUGGACACCCAAAUCAUGCUUCUCCUCAGCCCUGGGGCCAUCCAGACGUCCACAUCCAAGCCAGACCCCUCGAUGGGGUCUCCAUGCUGGGCAGCAUCACAGAAAUCGACUUGGGUUUAGCUGUUAUGAAGACCUUUAAGCAGUUUAUGCUGUCACUGGAUGAUUCUGUGGAUGAGACAGAAGCCGUUAAGCACUACAGUGAUUACAAGCAGGAGUUCCGAAGGCAGCAGAUUCAGGACUUCUUUGUGGCUCAUAAAGAUGAGGAGUGGUUUCGGGACAAAUACCACCCUGAUGAGGUGGAGAAGCGUAGGCAGGAGGCCAGAGGAGCCCUGCAGAACAGACUUCAGGUGUUCCUGUCUCUAAUGGAUAGUGGCUGGUUUGAUAACUUCCUCUUGGACAUUGACAAGGCUGAUGCCAUCGUCAAGACGCUGGAUGCAGCUGUGAUUAAGAUGGAAGGAGGCACAGAAUAUGACCUGCGGAUUCUGGACCAGGAAGAGGAAGAAGAGCAGUCAGGAAAACCUGGACAACCUGGCAAGAAAGAAGAUGGACAGGGAAUCUUAGGACUUGCCAAUGGGGAACGAAAAACUGAUAAGGAUGAAAAAGAAGACAACAAACAGAUUGGGAAUGAUAGUAUGUCUGAUGAUCAAGCCAAAAAGCCUGGUGGUGAUGGGGAGAAAGACGAGGAGAAAGAAGCAGUGCCUGAGAAAGAAGCGAAAAAGAGCAUUAAGAAGUGGAACUGGAAACACAAUGGGGAUGACAGCUUUGAUGAAAGCAGUAAGUUUGAGUCGGAAUCUGAGUCAGAGAGUGAGGAGGAGGAGGAGGAGAAGGAGGAGACUGAAGAAGCUGCCAAGGAAAAGGAGAAGCCCAAAGACGAAGAUAGAGAAAAGCCUAAAGAGAAGACCAAAGAAACACUUGGACUGGAAUUCAAACCCCGACCUCUACACAAGACUUGCUCCCUCUUCAUGCCAAACAUUGCACCCAAUAUCCCUCGGACUGAGAUUAUCUCUCUGUGUAAGAAACACCCGGGCUUCAUGCGGGUGGCUUUGUCAGAACCCCAGCCUGAGAAGAGAUUUUUCCGUCGAGGUUGGGUGACUUUUGAUCCAAGUGUUAACAUCAAGGAAAUCUGCUGGAACCUGCACAAUAUCAAGCUUCGGGAGUGUGAGCUGAGCCCUUGCUUGAAUCUCGAUUUAACCAGACGGGUCUAUAAUGUCAAUGGCAUCACUCAACACAAACAAAUUGUGCGCAAUGACAUCAAGCUGGCUGCCAAGCUUAUUCACACCCUGGAUAAUAGGACCCAACUCUGGGGGGCUGAGUCUGGGACCCCUCCCUUGCCCACGAGCCUGCCCUCUCAGAACCCUAUCCUGAACAUCACUGAUUACCUGAUUGAGGAAGUGAGUGCUGAAGAGGAAGAGUUGCUGGAGAACAGUGGAGGGGUACCCCCUGAGAAGCCUCCUAAAGAGGCCAAUCCAGCUGAAAUUACCGUGGAACGAGAUGAGAAGCUCCUCAAAGUUCUUGACAAACUCCUGCUGUACUUACGCAUUGUGCACUCUUUGGACUAUUACAACACCCGUGAAUAUCCCAAUGAGGAUGAAAUGCCCCACAGAUGUGCCAUCAUUCAUGUUCGAGGACCUGUACCCCCAAAUCGCAUCAGCCGGGGAGAAGUAGUGGAAUGGCAGAAGACAUUUGAGGAGAAGCUGACACCCUUGUUGAGUGUUCCGGAAUCUUUGUCGGAGGAGGAAGCCCAGAAUCUAGGACGCAAAGAUCCUGAGCAAGAGGUGGAAAGAUUUGUCAUUUCCAACACACAGAGGCUGCGCAAAGGCGUGUGGCUAUGCCCCCUCAGUGGCAAGAAAUUCAAGGGCCCUGAGUUCGUCCGGAAACACAUCUUCAACAAGCAUGCUGAGAAAAUUGAGGAAGUAAAGAAGGAGGUGGCCUUCUUCAACAACUUCCUCACUGAUGCUAAGCGGCCUUCUCUGCCUGAGGUCAAGCCAGCUCGGCCAGCUCAGCCUGCUCAAAUACUCCCCCCAGGCCUGACAGGAGCCCCCUGCCCACUCCAGGCACCCCAGGGACUGAAGCUUUAUGGUCAGCCUCGGCCACCUAUCCUUGGCUAUGGAGCUGGUGCUGUCUGUCCCACAGUCCCUACAGGAGGAUCCCCAUAUGGUGCUGGCCAUAGCAACUAUGACUCAUUCUGGAGCCAGGGUGAUUAUCCUGGGAAACCCCGAAACUGGAUGUUUCAUGGUCACCCAAGGGCAAUUGUGGAAUAUCGUGACCUAGAUGCCCCUGAAGAUGUUGAUUUCUUCUGA